AUGAACGUAGAAACUAAAUUGGUGAUAAAGGUAGCCCUUGGGUUACUCCCCAUUUUUGCCUUAGUGAUAAGGCUCUUGGUCAUUUUACCCUGUCUUCAAGAUGAAACCUCGCGCAAAGCAUUGGAUGUCCUACCUCCCCAAAGUGAAGGUUCAAGUGUAAUGGUACUUCUUGGAUCAGGCGGACAUACUGGAGAAAUGAUUCGAAUUCUUGGUAAUGUCCAGUUGGCCCAUUUUAACCGAAUCUGGGUGACCUCUUCAGGGGACAGCACAUCAUUAUUGAAGUGUAAGGACUAUGAACUGCUGAUUGGUGAGAAUCAAUACAAUGCCACGUUUAUGACUCUCCAUCGUGCCCGGAGUGUAGGCGAACCAUUGAUACUGUCGAUAAAAAGCACUGUGACUUCUUUUGGAUCUACCGUGAAACAGUUGGCCUCCUUACCGGAGUUACCAUCUGUACUUUUAAUUAAUGGUCCUGGUACAUGUGUACCAUUGGCAUAUAUAUUAUUUGGUAUGAAAUUUUUCGGACUUUGUCAAACCAGAAUUGUGUACAUCGAGAGUUUAGCACGAGUGAAUCUGCUCAGUCUCUCUGGUAAAUUGGUACUACCAGUUGCCGACCGGUUCCUAGUACAAUGGGAACCAUUACUGCAUCAAUACAAGAGGGUAGAAUACCACGGAAUACUUAUAUAG